AACCCGAGCCUAAUUCCCACCACCAAAGGAAACUUGCGCACCGGCCAUCACCAACGCCACCGCCGGCGCAGUCUCGAUUCCCGCAGACGCUUCUCUCCUUACCCCCGACCCCAAUCAAAGCCACCGCCGAAUCGCCUUAAUCUGGCUGCGGUGGCUGGAACGCGCCUUGGUGGCGUCCAGGUACACAUCGGGAGCUCGCGGGGAAUCUUUAAUGGCGUCGGAGUCGCAUCGCCAGCCAUAGGAGCCUGACUGACUGAGGUGCCGACUGCCGACUGCCAACUGCCGAGGCGAUCACUUGUCAACUAUCUGCUCCCUUUUCUGGGUACAUUGUCUUGCUUGGAUGCAUACGGAACCGGAGAUGAACGGCCGGGCUCGGAGGCCGGCGGCGGCGCGCGGCGCGAAAGCGGCCCCGAAGAGCGACAGCAGAGUAUGUGCUUCGUCAAUCUCUCUCAGUUUCUUUGCAUGCUGAAAGAGCAAUUGGAAGUUCGUAGCUUUCGUCGAAUUGCACGUCCAGGUGGUGACAAUGUGCGGUGAUGGAGAAGGAUCCGAGGAAGGCCGCGACGCCGGUGAAGGCAUCGGCCAACGCGGGCACCAGGGGCACCAUGAACAGAAUUCAGUCGAGGAGAGAGCGGAAGCUCGCGCUGCAGCAAGAUGUGGAUAAGCUCAAGAAGAAGCUGCGCCACGAGGAGAACGUCCACCGUGCUCUGGAGCGGGCGUUCACGCGGCCGCUCGGCGCCCUGCCUCGCCUGCCGCCGUAUCUGCCGUCUCAGACGCUGGCUCUUCUCGCGGAGGUGGCGGUGCUGGAGGAGGAGGUCGUCCGGCUGGAGGAGCAGGUGGUGAAUUUCCGGCAAGGGAUCUACCACGAGGCGAUCAUCUUCUCCUCCGCCAAGAACGCCCAACUCCCCGGCCGCGAAGUUCCCAUGCCGGCGCAGCUCAUACCGUCGAACCCGGUGCUGAAUUCCGCGGUCUCACCGACACCGACGACAGUAAACCAAGGUCCAGACCAUCCUCCCAACGCUCGUCCAUCACCGCACAACGGCGUGGCCAACGGCAAGCAAACGCCAAGAAAGCCCGUCGUCAACGCUACCUCGCCGCCGAGCAAGGAUGACCGGUCCGGCGCAGGGAAAGAGAACCAGUCAUGCAGCAACACGUCGAGCACGAAGACGCCGUUGCAGCAGAAGACGGCCAAGUCCAGGGCGACGCCGCCUGACAGACGCAGCAGGGCUACUCCUGCUCAUCAUCAUCAGAUGCUCUUUGCAUCGUCCAUGCAGACAAACACUACUGCUGCGCCUGACCGUAAAAGGCCUGCUGCUGCUGGCAGCAGCCCGGACAAAGUGACGACGUCCCACGACGACUCGAGCUCGAGCGUGCCGAACAAACUGUCGGAGGAGCUGCUCCGGUGCCUGCUGACCAUCUUCUCGCGGAUGGGCUCGGCCGCCGGCCGAGGACAAGGAGACGAGGAUCAGCAGGCGCCGUCCCCGUCGGUGUCCGGCUCCAGCGAGAGCUCCGGCUCGGGGUCGGAGGACGCGUACCCGCAGGACCCCUACGGCAUUCUGGAGCUGGGCGCCAGGGACAUCGGCCCCUACAAGCGGUUCCACGUGGUGGACGCCGCGUCCUUCGACCCCAACGCGCUGGCCGGCGAUGGCGAUCACACGCCUCUCGUCGUCCGGAGGCUGAAGGCCCUGCUGCGGAGGCUGUCGUCGGUUGACCUGGCGGUGGCGGGGCUCUCCCAUCAGCAGAAGCUGGCGUUCUGGAUCAACGUCUACAACUCAUGCAUGAUGAACGCGUUCCUGGAGCAAGGGAUACCUACCACCCCGCAAAUGCUCGUGGCGAUGAUGCCCAAGGCCACCAUAAGCGUUGGUGGGCGCACGCACAGCGCCAUGUCCAUCGAGCAUUUCAUCCUCAGGCUACCCUACAGCGCCAAGCAGGUGAAUCGGGAAGAGGCCAAGGACGACGACGUGACGACGGCGGCGGCGCGCGGCGCGUUCGGGCUGGAGUGGCCUGAGCCCCUCGUCACCUUCGCGCUCUCCUGCGGCAGCUGGUCCUCCCCUGCGGUGAGGGUGUACACGGCGGCGCGCGUGGAGGAGGAGCUGGAGGCGGCGAAGCGGGAGUACCUGCAGGCGGCGGUGGGCGUGUCGACGCCGGGGAAGCUGGCGGUCCCGAAGCUGCUGCACUGGUACCUGCUGGACUUCGCCAAGGACGUGGACGCGCUCAUGGACUGGGUCUGCCUGCAGCUCCCGCCCGAGCUGCGGCACAAGGCGAUGCGGGUCGUGGAGGACGGCCGGCGCCGCGCGGCGGGCGCCGAGCCCGCCGGCCGCAUCCAGGUCCUGCCGUACGAGUUCAGGUUCAGGUACCUGUUGGCCUCGUGACGCGUACGUACGAGCAGUGCCAUACUGCCGUGCCAUGCCACCAUGCAUGGCGCACUCUGAGAUUGUACUUGUACACAGGUUUUGCAAUAAAGUGAUCGGAUAGACUGCCGAGUCGCAAUGCAGUUGUAGCCGUUUGUAUGUAAAUGAAAGAAGAAUAUGAAAGUUUUCUCGCUCCAUAAUAUAAUUCGAGAUCGAUAGCU